AGCGGUUGUUGGUUCUUCCUCGCACACACUCUUACAAAUAAAUAAGUUGUAUUUUUGUUACUUUUUUUAUGUUGGCGUUCUUUGGCUUGAAACAUGUUGGCAUCAGCAGCAUCUUGGGUGGUCCCUUUGAGUGUGCAUGUGUGUGUGUGACUGUAAGUGUGUGUGUGUGUUUGUGAGAAUGGGUCUUAGAAAGGAAGAGAGCUAAAAAUAGCGCCCAAAAGAAAUCAAGUGCCAAGUGACCAAAAAAAAAACAAAACGAAAACAGGAAACUGAAACAAAAACGAUAUCCCUAAGGACAAUCACAACUGUGCAAAAGUAACAAACAAAGUAACAAAACAAAAAAAUGAACCUAAAACCAAAAUACAAAAUUAAUAGCAACUGACGAAUUUUCAAAAGAAACAUUUACUAGAACAAUUAAAAACAACAACAACAGGUGUUCCAACCUUUAGUAACACGCAUAAGAUACACCACAUUGUAUUACAAGAAAGCUUAUUAACAUUUUUGCAUAAUUCACGUUUGCUUGGGCCCCUCACCUGUGACUGUUCUCAUACCUCUGCCUCUGUCUCGAAUUUUGUGAGUGUGUGUGAGUGUGUGUGUGUGUAUGUGUGUGUAAUUGUUUGCUGCCUAACGCACGUUCAACAAAACAUGGUUGAAGAGUUCCUGGAGAAGUUACCAGAAAUUGACACACGCUACGAGGAUAUUGUGCCCAUGGAACAAGUGAGCUCGAUGGUAUCCAACGGUGGUGGCAGCGUAACCAUGCAGCGCGACGAUGAAUACCGCAAUCGCAUCAUGAAAAUACGUAGACUUGGUGACACAUCAUUGUCCAUCAACGGCCUCAAAAUAUCAGACCGCACGGAUAGUUUGUGGCAAACGACCAGCAUGCAUGCGGUACCUGCUGGUCAACCGCGCCAUGCACGUUACUCCUCGCACCACCACCCGCAACAGCAACAGCAACAACAACAACAGCACCACCAUCAGCACCAGCACCAGCACCACCAACAGGGCACCACAAACGGCCACCGUUUGCCACCAACUGGCCAUAGCAAUUACAGCAAAAUGCUGAAUAGCAGCCACAGCAGCCCCAGGGAGAUUAGCAUCUCACCGAGACGGGUCGCUCUCGAUACAACCGCCUCGGGUUCGACCAGUGGUUUUGGUUUUAGUCGAGAUACACAAGCAAAACAUUCUCAUGGAUUUCUCUAUUCGGACGAGGAAAUCAGCGAUAAGGCAUCAACAUGCGGCAAAUUGCUAAUAUUUCUAUCCGUGGCACUUGUGAUACUAACGUUGCCAUUCAGUCUCUUUGUCUGUUUCAAGGUGGUGCAGGAAUACGAGCGAGCGGUUAUCUUUCGUUUGGGUCGCCUGAUGCAGGGCGGAGCCAAGGGUCCAGGUAUAUUCUUCAUCUUGCCCUGCAUUGACUCCUAUGCCCGUGUGGAUUUGCGUACUCGCACUUAUGAUGUGCCGCCGCAGGAGGUUCUCACAAAGGAUAGCGUUACGGUUUCGGUGGAUGCAGUGGUUUACUAUCGCGUAUCAAAUGCAACGGUCUCUAUAGCGAACGUGGAGAAUGCUCACCAUUCGACCAGACUACUGGCACAGACUACUCUACGAAACACAAUGGGAACUCGGCAUUUGCAUGAGAUACUCAGCGAGCGUAUGACGAUUUCCGGCACAAUGCAGGUUCAACUCGACGAAGCCACCGAUGCCUGGGGCAUCAAAGUUGAACGUGUCGAAAUAAAGGAUGUGCGUCUGCCUGUGCAACUGCAACGCGCCAUGGCCGCUGAGGCCGAAGCUGCACGUGAGGCUCGCGCCAAAGUGAUUGCCGCCGAGGGCGAGCAGAAGGCAUCCCGAGCAUUGCGCGAGGCGUCCGAGGUGAUUGGCGAUUCGCCGGCAGCUCUGCAAUUGCGCUAUUUGCAGACUCUUAACACCAUAUCGGCGGAGAAGAACUCAACAAUUGUUUUCCCGCUGCCCAUUGAUUUAAUAACUUACUUCCUGAAAACAACGGAUGCUACCACGCAGCAGAAUGCAGCUGCUGCUGUCGCUGCAAUUGGAAAUACUCAACCGCAGCAGCCAUACCAACAACAACCACCGCAGCAACAGCAACAGCAACAGCAAUACCAACAGCAGCAGCAACAACCAGCCCAACAGCAGCAGCAGCCAAUGCAGCAGCAACAACAACCACCGCAGCAGCAGCAGCAGCAACAGCAGCAGCAGCCGGCGCCACAACAGCAGCAGCAGCCACUCUACCAACAAUCUCAACAAAUUUCAUCGGCCAUGUAAAAUGUAAUGGACGUGUAAGCCUGACACCAGCUGAACGGUGCAAUGCGUUAGAGGCGUUAGAGGUGGUGUUAGUCAAUGUUCAUCAACAACGAUUCAGUAGGAAUCCAACAGUUAGUUCUUUAACGAAUCGAACAAUUGAACAAUGAUGAAUUUAUCAGCACUCGGAUAGCAAUUUUUUCAAAUUGUAGAAGUGCAUUCAAUUUAUAGUACUAUUUAUAUAGGGAUAUAGGGAUACCCUCUCUCAAAGAUUUGAAAUCAGCAUUAACACAACACAACACACACACACACACGCACGCACACACACUUUGAAUGCACUGUGUAUGUUUUAAAUGCAAAACAAAAACUAACCAAUUUUCGAAAUUUUGCAUGAUUGUGAGAACAGUUUUUCAAAAUUUUCAAAUACUGUUGGUUUGGUUUUGCAUUUUCUACAUCAAAAUGCAAGCAUUUGUAAAAGUGGGUGGGUUAGGGAUAAUCUGUCUGUGAAAGAAUAAACAAAUU